CAAGGUUAAUCUGCACCAUCCUCGUCACACUGUCAUGGUGCUGUUGCUGGCAUACAUUCUCACCCUUCUCACUGUAACUCACUGCGGGCCCAUCCUGAUAGGUUCGGUCUCCCUGUCUGUCCUGAAGUUUCUCUUCUCCCUCCCACCUCAGUAACACAGACCCGCAUAAGCCCUCCUGUUCGAGUGAAGGUCCUUCUCCUUUGAAGAGCUUUGCAGUGCUUAUAGAGCGUGUGCAGUACCCACAGAACCCUCUCCAGAGGGGACUGCAGCUUUCUAGAGUCAGGCAUCUGGAUGGACGGCCCUCCUGUCGGGUCCUAUCAGAGUGGAGCCAGCAGGCACAGGAAGGAAGGGCGAGUUUCAGCAUCUGUAGGUCCUAUCAGAGGCCGUUAUGGGAAAUGGGAGGAACAAGGAAAUGGAGGAGGGGGCCAGUCAGAGCCUGGAGUGAAUUUUCCUCUCUGGGGAGUCCGCCUUACUCUCCUGCCUCCCUUUCUCCAGGCGUAGCCGAGCAGUUUGCCAUUGCGGAAGCAAAGUUACGGGCAUGGUCGUCUGUGGAUGGAGAGGACUCCAAUGACGAGUCUUACGAUGAAGACUACCCCCCCAAUGACACAGCUCAUGCAGCUCAAACAGACACCAUGUCGUACCCCCCCUACCUGCGGGACCUCCUGCACAACCAGGGACUUCAGCCGGGGGGUGAGAGUGGCUCCCCAGAUGCCCUUUACUCCAGCCUGUGCAGCCUGGAAGACCUCCCACUGCUGAGGGGCCCCGGUGGGCCCCAGACCACACCCGCCGACCUGGCCGCUAAGAUCCUGGGGGUGCUGCAGGGCCUCCAAAGGGCUGACUGCGCCUUCCGCUCCCUGGGCCGCACCACCCGCGACGACUCCUCCUGCGCCUCCUGCUCCGAAUCCUUUCUCUCCCCUGAGGAAGAGGAGCUGGCCUGUGAGGACUACGAUAGCGUCUGCCCGGGCUAUGCAGGCCACAGGAGGGUCUCAGACGUCGCGUCGUCCGGGGUGGUGUCCUUGGACGAGGAAGAUGAGUUGGAGGUGGAGGAAGAUGAGGUCGAGAGGAAGAGUGAUCCAGGAAACUAGAGACAUCACGUUCCUGUCGUUGCGUUCGGUCUUGUCCCCUCUCCCGUGGUCUGUGCUGCUCUGCGAAAUCUUCUUGGCAUGUUUCUUAGACUCCCCCCCUUCUUAAAAACGCCCCCACAGGCCUUCAUCCCCUUGCCUGGUUUGAUAUUUAUCGAUAUAUAUUUUGUCUUGAGGCGUGUGAACAAUCUUCCUACAGCUGUGGGACGUCUGCUGCCUUCAGCUCGAACCCUGAGCCAACGGGUUUUGAAGCAAGGGCUUCGGGGGAGCAAGCGACAGAACAGGAAAAAUGGGGGGGGGGGACGGAAUCUCUUUUGCAUGUGUGGUCAUGUGGGCUGCCUGGGUCUUUGGCCCUGUUUAUAAUAAUGCCUGUUGUGUACCCCAACCCCACCCAAGUUACUCAUCGUUAGCCAGACUUCGUGACCGCCCAGCCCGAAACCCUCCUAAGCAUGGCUACCUAUUAACCUGCAGAUCAAAAAGAAAGUGCUGGAAAACUCUGAAGCUGGGAAGAUGGUGUCUUUUCGUUGCUGCAUUUGCUGUCUGGUUUCUAUCAUUCGACGGGGAUCCUCGUCGCUGCGGCAGGCCGCUGCUGUCGGAUUGAUAGAGGAUCUUCUCCCGGGUCGUCACUAACAGAAAGCCUGUAUCCCUUCAGUGCUAGAAAUGCAAAGUUUGAUUUUUAAAAAGAGAACAAGAAAAAGACAAAAAAGACAAACACUAGUUUUCCGUGAUGCAGUAAAGAGGUAAAUUCUGUCUCAGAGUUUCUCUAUUUUUGUACACAUCAUCUGGCUUUCGUUCCUUUGACUGUGAUCAUGUUUUUUGCACGACACGUCUGCCAAUUUUUCCAUGCGUGACAUGCUCUGCUGAAAAGGCAACAAUGAAGAGGAAUGUGAUUUUUUUUAAGGGACGAGUGACACGGUUUGUCACUGUCUCCGUUGUAUCUUGGGCUGAGAGCAUGUAUACUUUCUUUCAGGAGGCUUCUGUCUCUAGAAGCUUCUUUACUGGUCAUGUCUGCCUGCUUCUUCUCUAUAGUCAUUCUACUGUUGAUCUGCACACCUGUUUCUGUCCUCCGUCAGUCAUGUGACCGCGGCAUUCAAACUCUACCCUAUUUUUAAGAUGUCAGACAUACAACAGCCUGUUCUGUCAGUCCCAGUACAGAUCAUCCAUCAGUUUCAAAAUCAAACAGGCAGACAGACUGAAGGCUAGAUUUCAACCAUUGUGUGUCCUUUUAAACUGUCUCUGAAACCCCAAUGAUGGCGAUUUGAAAGACCAGCAAGCUUCUCACAAAGACUGUCAAUCACAAACUCAGGAAGUCCCACCCACAUAGAGUGGCUGUUCCAGUGCCAUUUCCUCCAUCCAUCCACGUUUUCGAGCUUGUUUUCAGUGACAAAAUGGAGGGAGCCUGUUUUCUGGACUCCACAGCCGAGUCGUCUCCUUUGGAUUCAGAUUGACCCUCAAUGGAGCUGAAGAGAACUGUAGUUUCCGUGACUAUUAUGGGUGUAGAACCAGUCCUCCUCCUGGUGCUACAGGAAACAGGGUAAAUAUGUGAGAGAAGAGUGGGGGGGAGGGGAGGGGAGUGGAAAUUGACUACUGCCCUUGCUGGAGUAGACACUGACCUUUCUGUCCUACGACUCAAUGAAUGUUUCCUCAUGAACCAGCACACGUGUGUGCAUGAAUGCAUCAAAAGUGUUUUUAAAUUUUUUUUUUUUGCGGGUGUGAUUAUUAAAGAGAUCAGAGGGACCAUACAGUGCUAUAGAUACACACCCGAUCGCAUGUCCUGCACCUGGGGAGGACGCUGAGCUGCAGCACCACCACAGCGUGGCUCGCAGUAAAAAGGAAAAAAAAAAAACCUGCUGUUUCUUCUGAGUGUUUUGCUGUAAUCCUGUGUCCAUGCUGUGUUUGUGAAGGACUACGUGCAUGUUGGACUUGCUCCUUUAUUUCCUUUGCUAGGGCUCUACAGUUCCCACACGUGGGCCGUGUCGAGUGAUUUUCCGGGCAUUAGCAGAGCAGUUUAACCUGCAACUCUCAUUCUCCCGUCGAGCUUGGGGUUCAAGCGUCUCCGGACGCCAGAGAAGAUAAUGAGGCGGAUCUUGGCGAAGAAAGACUUUUCUUCAGAUUUUGUAAAGAGUCAUAUUUUUGUAAGAAGGAAAAUGAGGAUGUAAGAUGUUUUGGAGAAGAGAGUCGGUCUAACUCAGGUUCAUCUUGAUCUCGGUGCCUUCAUCCCUGAAUUCCCCCCCCCCCUUUCC